GCCCAGGGAAAACCAUGGGGUGAAGCCGGAGUCUCUCUUCGUUUCCCUAGCAACGGUCUCAAAAGCAGAUGGCCACCUAGCGAUUUGUUGGACUGUGCCGGGUCCCGGACUCUUGUUCCCAACUUUGAAGGCUUUGCAGCCCGGUUGACCCGAUGUUUCAUGGAACAAUUACAAAAGAGCUAACCAGCCAUGAUGAAUGGAGUCACUACAAUAAAAGCAUGAUAGAAGAUCAAAAAGACUUUGUUUUUGUGAAGUUUAAUGGACUUCAUUUAAAAUCCAUGGAAAACUUACAAUCCUGUAUCUCUCUUAGAGUAUGCAUCUUCUCAAACAAUUUUGUCACAGAUAUACAGCCCCUUGAAAGUUGUUUAAAAUUAAUCAAACUUGAUCUACAUGGAAAUCAGAUAAAAACUCUACCAGAAACCAGAUUUUGGAUUGGACUGAAGAACCUAAAACUCCUCUAUCUUCAUGACAAUGGAUUUGCAAAGUUAAAGAAUAUAUGUGUGUUAUCUGCCUGUUCUAAUCUCAUUGCCCUCACUAUGUUUGAUUGUCCAGUAAGCCUUAAAAAAGGAUAUAGACAUGUUCUUGUUAAUAGUAUAUGGUCUCUUAAAGCGCUGGAUCAUCAUGUGGUUUCUGAUGAAGAAAUAAUCCAGAACUGGCAGCUUCCUGAAAGAUUCCGAGCAUGUAACCACCGACUUUUCUUUAAUUUCUGCCCUGCUCUGAGAAAGGGAACAACCUAUGAAGAUGAAAUUAAUAAUAUUAAGCAUAUUAUUUCAAAAAUUAAUGAAAUUCUGGCUCAUAAUUCACCAGUUUUGAUCAUUCAAAGAUGGAUACGUGGCUUUCUGGUUAGGAAAAAAUUAAGACACAUUUUUAUGCGUAAAAAACAUCAGAACAAGCUUACUAGGAGUUGUGAAACAAAAUGGAUUUACAUAUACAAAGAAUAUGAUGAUAAACUCCUUAAGAAUCUCUUUUUUAAACCUGACACUGAAAUAAAAGAAACAUUUACACACUGGAAACAUAACAUAUAUUCUCUAGUUGAUUUGAAACAUCCAAGUGAACAGAAAAAAUACGUUUCCUCUAUUUUAUCUGAAUUAAAAACAAAAGACAUUGGCAUAAAAUCUAAAAAAGCAAGACAUCUAGUUCAAAAAGGUCAGAAGGAAUGUGAAGAUGAAAUUAAAGAUGAUGAACUGGAUGCCAGCUUUAGAAUGACAGUGUCCAAGCUACCUAUAUAUACUUUAGAUUUAUCAAAGGGUGCUGAAGUAUUGAAAGAGCAAAAACAAGACCGUUUUCCUGCAUAUGUCCAGCCACUUUCUGCCAUUCAUCAAAAACCAACAAUUAAAAGGGACACAGUGUCAGAGAGAAAUUUAGGAGAAUUUUUUAUAACACAGAGAAGUGGUAUCAAACUCCAAGCACCUUGUGAUAUUGAUAAAUUUUACUCAGAACAAAAGAAGCAAGAAAGUCAUAUGAAAAAAGUAACAACUAUAGCCAAGACACAAGUUGACAAGGGAAAAGUUAGACAAACUGCUGAAGAAUCUGUGAAUAAGAGAAGAUAUGCUAUACAUCAAGUAAAUGAAAAAGAUACUGAGACAAUUCAAAAUGGUUUACAACAACACUGGAAAGACAGACUCAAAUACAUUGAAAAAGUUAGAGAAAGAAGAAUUCAGUUUCUAGAAGAAAAGAAACAGAAGACUAGCGAGCGUUUAUUAAUUCAAGAAUUAAGUAAUGAGCGCACUAUUUUCUUGCAAGGAAUAAUUAAAGUUGACAAAUUAAGAAAAAAUGAAGCCAUUUUAAAAGAUAAAAGUCUCAUUGUUCAGCAAAAACUAAAAAUCGAAAAAUAUAAAAAAGAAUUACUUAAACAGAUGAAGGAAAUUAGGGCUCAAGAAAUACAUAGAAGACACUGUGAAGAAAAGUUUGUUUUUGAUAUGAUCGCCUUUCAAAAUGCCUGUGAACGAUUUCAGGAAGCAAAAACAAGAGUUGCAAUUGUGAAAACUAAAUGUGUCUGUGAAUAUCCCAAGGAAGUGACAAAAUGA